GUUGGGACCCUCUGCGGUGCUGGGUCGCAGCUCUGCACGGAGGCGCGACAGGUGUCCACUGGGGACUGGGGCUAGGCAGACUGCCAGCACAACACCGCAUUGGAGAGUUCUUUCUAGGGAGGCAGAGCAGCGGCAGCCUCCACAGCGGAGGGAAGGGCAGAAGGGGGCGGCCAGAAGAGCUAAAGCCAGGACCUGCUGUCGGCGGGCGGGGGCCGUUAGCCCUUGGUGUGCACCUGAUCUCUGGGAAGGUGGGAGGUGACAGUCUUAUGGCCUGUCCCCACUCAGUCUAGAACAGAGUCCAGCCCUUACUCAGCCCUCCUGGCGGCUUUACAGUCGAAAAUGGGCUGAGUCUCAGGCCCUGAAAGGUGUCUCAGGAGUCUCGCAAGGGGGAGUGCAGGGUUCUGUGGGAGAGCCAGUCCUCCCCUCCAGUCGUUCCCAGAUGUCAUUCUGCCCGCCCAGGCGCUUGGUUCCUGAGUUCCGGGGCAUUCCACGGUUACUAAGUUACUGGUUUUUGUUGACUUUUAAAUAUUUUCUUCUACGGGAGAGGGGGAGGGGGGCAAAAGCCAGGAAAGAGCAAAUAAAAGUAAGUCAACAUAAGCCCCCCCUCCCCAAAAGAAAGUUGCUCCCUACUUCUCAUCCCCACCCAAACAAAAGGCCUCUGGAACCCACCCCUUGGCUGGAGCAACAGCCGGCCAGAACUGACUGCUUCCCAGGCCCAGUCUUCAUCUCCCUUUCUGGUGAAUGAGGGCUGGUGGUGGACAGUCCCUUUGUCUCCCAGCCCUGGGUGGACAAAGGGGCUUCCGGAAAGAGAGAAAGAGGAUGGCUAGUGGAAAUGGGCUCCCUCCAUCCUCGGCCCUGGUGGCCAAGCGUCCAUCCGCCCUGGGGCCAUUCCCCAGAUACGUCUGGAUCCACCAGGACACACCCCAGGAUAGCCUAGACAAGAUUUGCCAUGACAUCUGGAAGAGAGUUCAGGGCUUGCCGGAAUCCCUGCAGCCCAGGACCUCACUGGAGAAACUCUCCGCGCCGAUGACUGCGACCGUCAGCUUCCAAGAAGAAGCUCUGGAGCUGAGCAGUGGCAAGGAUGAGAUCUCCCUGCUGGUGGAGCAGGAGUUCUUGAGCCUCACCAAAGAACAUCUCAUCUUGGUCCAGGAGGGCCCUGGGGAGCUGGCAACACCUAUCGUCACUUCCCAGGGGACCCCGGAGCUGGCUCCCUGCUUCCUUGUGCCUCCUCUGGAGGCAGACAGCACUGACUACCCGGGAUCCUCUCUAAUGGCUGGUGACAAGCUUCCGGAGCAGAAGCUGCCCACUCCCAUCAUCAGUAGCAGGCAGGACUGUGAUUCGGCCAUGUCUACAGUCACAGGCAUCCUGCGUGCCGCCAAGGUCAAGAGUGUCAAGGGAACUAAGGACAAAAGCCAUAGCCUGGGUGCCUCUAAUUCAGAGAUCAGCAAGCUCCUGGCCCAGUUCCCACUGAAGUCUACCAAAACGUCCAAGGCUCCCGACAACAAGAUGGUGCUGGAAGAGACCAAGGUCAUUAAAGAUUUCCUGCAGAAUAGCAUGUUCAAUGGCUCUGGACCCCGGGAGCCCAUGGGGCUGGGCCCGUUCCUGCUGCUGCCACCCCCACCCCCUCCUGCACUCCCUGACAAGCCCCCAGAGUUCUCUUCUCCGAAAAGGCAGCUCCCAGUGUUUGCCAAGAUCUGCUCCAAGACCGAGACUGACCCCACUCUUGAGGGCCACCACUGGAUUGAACGAACCCCUGGCACCAAAGAGCUGACCAAAGGUCGAGAGAGCCUCUUUCUCAGUCAAUGGCCCCAGAACCGGAAGGACAGUUGUGGUGAGGAGGGUCACAGCGACUCAAUGGGCACCAUCUCCAUGACCCUGCCAACCAAGAAGCCUGUGUGGCCGGCUGAGAAGAACCUGCUUUACGAGUUCUUUGGGGCUGCCAAGAACCCCAGUGGGCAGCUGAGGCUUCGAGGCAAAGUGGAUAUGGAUGGGCUGGAUCUGAAGUUUAACCCACCGACACUGGCACCAGUACCUGACAAGAACAUUAAGUAUGCCGGUAAUGUGUUUGCCCCACGCUUCACCGCCGCCUUGACCUCGACCACCCUGAACCAGCCUCUCUGGCUCAAUCUGAACUGUCCACCUCCACCAGUGUUCUCCAGCCACUCCACCUUCCCGCAGUAUCAGGGCCUGUACCCACAGCGGUCAACAAGGAUGCCCUACCAGCAACCCGUGCACCCCCCACUGGGGUGCUACUCCCGACAGGUGACACCGUACAACCCACAGCAGAUGGGACAGCAAGUUUUCCGCUCUUCCUACACACCCCUGAUGAGCUAUAUCCCUUUCGUCCAGCCCAACUAUCCAUAUCCUCAGAGGACGCCCCAGAAGCUGCCCGCCAACCCCCGAGAUCCUACCCCAAUGGCAGGAGAUGGGCCUCCAUACCUCUUCACCCAGGGAUAUGGGUUCAACUCGGCGUCCAGAGCCCCCCUGAUGAACAGCCCCUAUUUUUCCUCCAGUGGGAAUGGAAUCCGCUUUUAGACUGCUUUCUCUCUCCCCACCUCUCUGUGCCCUCGGACCAGGGCUAAAGGUUUCUGGAUUUCUGGAUUCUGCAACAGCUUGGUGUGAAGUUUGGAAAGUCAAGGUUCCAACCAGGUGGCCGCCAGAAAACAGCAAGACCAGACUCAUCUACUGACCAACACUUAACCUGCAUAGACUCCCUCACGUAGCGCACACCGCAGACACACCCUCCUAUUCGUAAGACCACACAGGCACCUGUGUUUAGCUAACAUGACUGGUUUUUGUUUUUGUUGUUGUUGGUAAGAUAGAAAGUAAGACUCUUAAUUUAGAACGUUUAUAUUUUAUGAUAAAACUAUGAGCUGCUUGAA